AUAGAAGAAGAACUCUAGCUAGUUCAAGCUAAUAACAACAACACUCUGCAGCGUAUAUAAAUAUUUGGCUGCAGUUUCCGAGACGUUAAGCUAUCACCUGUUUGCGUUGGUUUGUAGUAAAAACAAAAACUAGAUACUUGUUCAUUUGUCAAAAAUACCACUUUAUACAUGUUCGUUCAAUAAUAUUUAAACAAAUUUUGUCCCAGUUUCACAUUUUUGUAUAGCUAACGUUAGCCAGCUAAUGUUAACACAAUAAGGGCCUUAACUAGCCAGAGUUACUGUAACGUUGAUCGCUUGACAUUUUGAACGCGAGAAUCGAAGGCUUGCCUGCAAAAACUUGCCCCUGUUCCAGCGGAGAAAUAUAUUAUAUAUAUAUAUUUAGCCAACUAACUAGCUAGGUAGAAGUCAAGUGGUUUUUAAAAUGAGGGGCGGUUCAUCGUAUGGAGAUCGAGACAGGGACCGUGGUCGCGACAGGGGGUUUUUGUUCUUAUUAUUAUCUCAGAUAUUGUUUUCUGUCUUUCAGUAUGACUUGGAGGAGUUUCGCAGGAAGAAGGAAAUCACUAUCAGGGGGUCAGGCUGCCCGAAACCUGUCAGUAGCUUCUCCCAGGCCCAUUUUCCCCAGUAUGUGAUGGAUGUGCUGAUACAGCAGAACUUUAAGGAGCCCACAGCUAUCCAGGCACAAGGCUUCCCUCUGGCCCUGAGUGGCAGGGACAUGGUGGGCAUCGCACAGACAGGUUCUGGGAAAACCUUAUCGUAUCUCCUGCCUGCCAUUGUGCACAUUAACCACCAGCCCUACCUAGAAAGAGGAGACGGACCAAUCUGUUUGGUUCUGGCACCAACUCGAGAGCUGGCCCAGCAGGUUCAGCAAGUGGUACAUGAAUACGGCAAGUCAUCACGCAUCAAGAGCACCUGUGUCUACGGGGGAGCGCCCAAGGGACCCCAGAUCCGUGACCUGGAGAGAGGUGUUGAGAUCUGCAUUGCCACCCCGGGUCGUCUCAUUGACUUCCUGGAGGCAGGGAAGACCAACCUACGGCGCUGCACCUACUUGGUGCUGGACGAGGCUGACAGAAUGCUUGACAUGGGCUUUGAGCCUCAGAUCCGCAAGAUUGUUGACCAGAUUCGGCCUGACAGGCAGACCCUGAUGUGGAGUGCCACCUGGCCCAAGGACGUGCGGCAGCUAGCAGAGGACUUCCUGAAGGACUAUGUCCAGAUCAACGUGGGAGCCCUGGAGCUGAGCGCCAACCACAACAUCCUGCAGAUUGUGGACGUGUGCACGGAGAGUGAGAAGGACAACAAGCUGCUCCAGCUGAUGGAGGAGAUAAUGGCUGAGAAGGAGAACAAGACCAUCAUCUUUGUGGAGACCAAGAAACGCUGCGAUGAUCUGACCCGCAGAAUGAGACGCGAUGGGUGGCCAGCGAUGUGUAUCCAUGGUGACAAGACUCAGCCAGAGAGAGACUGGGUGCUGACAGAGUUCCGUAGUGGCAAGGCUCCUAUUCUUAUUGCUACUGAUGUGGCCUCACGUGGUUUGGAUGUGGAGGAUGUCAAAUUUGUCAUCAAUUAUGACUACCCAAACUCCUCUGAGGACUACAUCCACCGUAUCGGCCGUACUGCCCGUAGCACCAACAAGGGUACAGCCUACACAUUCUUCACCCCGGGCAACCUUCGUCAGGCCCGUGAGCUCAUCCGUGUCCUAGAGGAGGCCCGGCAGGCCAUAAACCCCAAGCUGCUGCAACUGGUCAACACUGGCCGUGGAGGAGGUGGGAGAAUGCGUUUCCAUGGCAAUGGCUCCAACGCCAACAACCCCAACCUGAUGUAUCAGGAUGAGUGCAACCGGCGCAUGCGCCCCGUGGGCAGCAAGGACAGCCGGGGAGAGCAGCGGCACGGGAGAGCAGCAGCAUCAGCCGCAGCAUCAGCCGCGACGCGAGAUGAGGAGCAGCCGUACCAGAGCGGGAGCAGCCAGUACAAGUUCUGGGAGCACAAUGGGGGCAAGAUCAGUCAGCGGGGCAGUUUGGUUCAUGUCAGCAGGUCAGUAAGCCCCUCCACCCCCUCAGGGCCGCAGCCCCUCAUGGCCCAGAAGUUUACCCCAGCCCAGCCCAUGAUGGGAUUAAUGGGGCACUCGCCCUUCCAGUUUGCUCCCCCCCCCUCCAACCUCACAGAGAAAGUAAAUCUGGGGCUAGCCCUCACAACAUUCAUACAAUCCCCAACAUCAACAGAAAAGUGA